AUGAAACAUUUUCUGGUUUAUCUGUGUCUGCUUGAAUCUCUUCAACGCGCCUCCUCGACUCAGUGCACUAUCCCGGCCUCAGAGUUUCAGCUGGAGGGAGAUUAUUUGAUAGGUGGACUUUUUGAUGUUCAUCAAGUCAAUGCUCCUGUUCAUCAAGUCAGACCGGACACCAUCGACUGCGCCAGUCAACCCUUAAUUCUGUCCAGUUAUCGGAGGUUUCAGUUGAUGAGGUUCGCUGUGGAGGAGAUCAACAACUCCACCAACCUGCUGCCUAAUGUGUCUCUGGGCUAUCAGAUAUUUGACCACUGCUCAGAUACACGUAACUUUCCAGGGAUUUUUGACCUCAUCUCAUUCAAUGGCUCGGUUCAAAGUCGGGAUGAAUCACACAAGAAUCUGACCAAGGUGACAGCAGUGGUCGGCACUUAUACGAGCACUGAGACACUGUCUGUAGCCCCACUGCUCAUGAUGGAUCUCAUCCCUAUGGUCAGUUAUGGAGCAGCUAGCUCUAUCUUUUCAAGUCAAUACAAUUUCCCGUCCUUCUUCAGAACGGUUCAUCCCAAUAAGGACGUCGUGGAAGUAAUCUUCAACAUCCUACUGCACUUCAACUGGCGCUGGGUUGCUUUCCUCAACAUUGACAAUGAUUAUGGCAGAGAUGGUCAGGAACAGUUCAGGAGAAAGAUUGAGGACAGCCAGAUCUGCCUGGCGUACAGCAAAGGUCUCAAUCAUUACACAAAUUACACCCAAGUAUUCAAACAGAUAGAGGCACAGAAAGUGAACAUACUCAUUGUCUUUGCUCCUGAGUGGACGGCUGCAAAACUCAUUAAGUCAGCGAUACGACUGAACGUCACCAACAAGGUGUGGAUAGCAGGGGACGCAUGGUCCUUAAACAAGAAGCUCCCCAAGGAGAAGGGGAUCAGAAAUGUUGGAACUGUGCUUGGAGUCGCUCAACGCGUGCAGAUACCUGGUUUCAGUGAUUUCAUCUCGUCUUUUAAAAGCUACACUCACUGUGGAAAUGAAGGACAGCAGACGUUUUGUAAUCAGGUUUGCAACUGCAGUAGCCUGAGUGCAGAAGAUGUCAUCACAGCAGACCCAUCUUUCUCUUUUUCUGUUUAUUCUGCUGUGUAUGCCAUUGCACAUGCUAUACACAAUGUCUUACAAUGUGGAGCUGGCACAUGUAAUGACAGCACUGCAGUGUACCCUCACAUGGUUCUAGCUGAGCUGAAGAAGUCCAACUUUACACUUCUAAAUCAAAGCAUUCAGUUUGAUGAGAACGGUGACCCCAAGUUUGGAUCCUACUCUAUAAUUUACUGGAACCACAGCGGUGACGCUCAGGAGAUCGGCUUUUAUAGUUUUCCUCCAUCGUUCCAGUUUGUCAUCAACAGCACCAAAAUUCAGUGGUACACCAAUAGAGAAGUGCCCACUUCAGUGUGUUCCCCAGAGUGUCCUGUGGGAUAUGCAAAAAGGCCAGAUGGAAUCCACGAAUGCUGCUUCACUUGUCAAAUCUGUCCGAAUGGAACAUAUGUCAACAGCACAGAGGAUCCGUACAAGUGCAUAGACUGUAAGGCGACAGAGUGGUCUGCAGAAGGAAGCACCUCAUGCACCCUGCGGCUGGUGGAGUACAUCCCAUUCACAGACAGUGGGGCUAUACUGAUCAUGUUCGGGGCCUCGGCCUUGGUGGGCAUCACACUCUCCAUGUCUGUUCUCUUUGCCGUGAACUACAACACCCCUGUUGUCAGAUCUGCUGGGGGACCCAUGUGCUUCCUAAUCUUAGGCUGCCUCAGUCUGUGUAGUCUCAGUGUUUUCUUUUACUUUGGCAAACCAACUGUUUCUUAUUGUAUCUUGAGGUUCUUACCGUUCUUCUUGUUCUACACUGUUUGUAUGGCAUGUUUUGUUGUGCGCUCGUUUCAAAUUGUUUGCGUUUUCAAAAUGGCUGCCAAGUUUCCCAAGAUGCACAGCUGGUGGAUGAAGUAUCAUGGCCAGUGGCUGGUCAUCACUGUGGCAUUUGUUACUCAGGCACUCUUAAUAACCAUUGGCUAUUCUUAUGCUCCCCCCAGGCCCUACAAUGAAACCUUAUGGCACCCAAAUAAAAUCAUACUUAGUUGUGACUUCAGUCUGAAAGCCUGCUCUGCUCCUGUAUCUUUACUUCUAUGUCUGUGCUCUCUUUGCUUUAUUUUCUCCUACAUGGGGAAAGACCUCCCCAAAAAUUACAACGAGGCCAAAGCGAUAACGUUCUGUCUGCUGCUGCUGAUCCUCACCUGGAUCAUCUUUGCCACUGAAUACAUGCUUUACCGGGGAAGUUACAUCCAAACUCAUAACGCCGCGGCAGUGCUCUCCAGUCUCUACUCCUUUCUGUUGUGGUACUUCCUGCCAAAAUGUUACAUCAUCAUUUUCCAACCCAAGAAAAACACACAGCAGUACUUCCAAGGUCUCAUUCAGAACUAUACCAAAACUAUGAGCCAGUAGCAGCUCACUGUAAUAUCUGAUGGAUUAGAUGUGCU